AUGAAAUUGCUGGAAAAGAAAAGUGGAAGUAAUUCAGCACAAAUUCUUCAUUAUAGCGAGUGUCUGGAUAAGAAUGCGAUGGCAAAAUCACCAGUAGUGGAAGAGCGGCGAAAAUCAGCAUCACUACAAGCGUUACCCCCACAAGAAAUGAAACCGCUGAGUGCGGCAGAACGAAUCGGUGGUAAAGCAUCACGUGAUUUGGUGAAUGGAAGCAGUGGACGAGGCUCAAAAAGCUCUGGAUUACAGAACGCUCCGUCAUUGACACGUUUCGAUACGGAUAAUCGUGAUUUCGAUGAACGGCUUGCAAUGGUUAUACAGAAUGCGGACAUUGACUUCGGUCGUGGUUUCUGGAUGCACAAUGAUUCGUUGAAUAAGUGGACGUUGCAGUUUAAUGAAAGCGAUAUCGAGGAGCGAUAUCGGGCGCAUUUCGCUGAAUCUGCUGACCGUCACUGGUCCAGCCGUGAUGGAAUGGGCAGGCGCAAAAAUGUUACUUUUUUUUCCGAAAAAUUGCUAAAAAUCGAUUUUCGCUGA